AUGCCGCGCAAUACUAAAAGGGGUGGUAGUCCAGUAACAGUUCGUUCCAAGACUAUGAAGACUAGGGGAGCGGGUAGGAAGAGGCGACGUGUGGAGGAACGGGAAGACCUAACGGCAAAACACAGCAAACAGUCUGAGGACAUUAGGCCUAUCGUCGGGCCGUCAGACAGCAUGGCGCCAACGGCGGGAAACCCCAGCGGGGCUCCUGGACCAAGUACGUCUGACAGUGGGACCAUUAGACACGAGGUAUGGAUUAUUGGAUCCUCUUACGUCUACUGGUCACACCGACGGGCACUCAAACUACACCUUGGAAAGAACCUGCGGUUAGAUUCUGCUAAUAUCACAUGGUUUGGCAUCAGAGGUAUGCAUUGGUCAGGCUUGCUUCCAUUGCUUAGGAAAAAAUUGCAAUACCUCCAAUCACCAGAUACAUUGGUAAUACAUCUGGGAUCCAAUGAUUUAGUCACUAUGAGAAGCAUUGAUCUUGGUAGAGACAUAGAGCAGGACAUGCACACAAUCACAGACUUGUUACCAAAUGUGCAGUUAAUUUGGUCAGAGAUGUUUCCUCGGAGAGCAUGGAGAGGUGCAGAAUCACUUGCGGCAAUCGAGAGGAAGAGGAAGCGGGUAAACAGGAAAGCAAUUGAGCCAGUAACAAAGCUUAAGGGGCUUUUCGUCAGACAUGAUAUUGUGGCUAGAGAUUCUGGUUUGUAUAGGGAGGAUGACAUUCAUCUGUCAGAGAUUGGCAAUUCUAUUUUCGUUCAUGAAUUACAAGAAGCACUUUUUCAGGCUAUUCCUUCUGCUGCACUUUAACCCGUGCAACUUGGUGGCGAUGACCGUGUAGGUACACGAUCUGUGGCGGCGGAGGGAGGGACUUUAGGUUAGUUAGAUUACAAAUAAGGCCCAGUAUGGUUACCCUCUUGGGCAUGUAUUAUUCAGUCUGGGGAGUUCAUUGCUAUGGUUACCCUUGCAGUUUGAACCCCUGGUUUAAUGUGCUAGUUAGGGUUGGGGCUUAUUGAUGGUUACUCUGAUAAGACCAAUCCCUACGUUAUGUAAUGGGCACCCAGGUUGAUGGUUUAAAAGGUAGCUACUUAUGCAUGGUUACCCUCUUAAGUUAGCUUUCUUCAGUCUGAUGUGCCCAUCACCAUGGUGCUCAGGCAGUUAGGGACCCCUCCCUCCUUGGGUGUCGCCACCAACUCGCAUUUAAUAAACUGUGCCAUUUUCACCCACAGCCAUAUUUCUUUGUUGUAUGUUACCAAUUUGCAAGCUGAAGGUAUAAUUAAUUUUAUUAUACAUGUAUAAAAUAAAAUUCAUUUAUAGCUUUGCAGCAAACAUAGCUAUUUUCUGUUCCAUCAUUCAGUAUCAAGUCUGCGGAGGUAAUUAUGUAAGUUGUGCAAUCGCAAUUCUGCGAGCAUGCCAGUUUUCAUAGUUUCGGCCUUUCCGAACCAACAGCCGAUCAAGCAACACGUUUCAAAUUCCCACCCAGCCCUCCCUUUGGCUCAUUUACUAUUAUGAUGUAAUAUUUUAAUACAUACUUUCUUCAUUUAUUAUUAAUGUUAGACAUGUUAAUGUGAUGUUUUCAUUAUUGCACAUGCUAUUUCUAGUAUCAAUUAUACUUGUUCGCCGCUUUUUGCUUUUAUGUUGCAGUGCUCCACAGCUGACCAUCUUUUGACAUCUCAGUUGGCACAAAUGAACUGUACUACUUGGUGUGUUCUAGACAGAUUGUGUGAAAUCAUGUGUAUAUUCAUUCGGUGUCAACUAGGCAACUACACCGCACCAGUGACGCCAUUCAAAGCAUUCCGUAUUUUCUUGAGUAAACUGCGCAUUUAUUUAAAAAAAACUCACAGCUGUGUAGAAGGGGGGGCGCAUUAUACAAGAAGUAAUGAGACAUUACCGUGAGCACGUAACACCGGAAAUACCAUGUCAACAAAUCCAUACUGAAGUACGCAAAUUAA